GCCUGGGGGUCUGGGCCCGCGGGCUGGGGGGCGCAGGGCAGGUGAAGUGGCCGCGUUGACAGAAGGCGGGAGCGGCGAUGGGACAAGGGCGUAGAGUCAGGAAUCCCGGUGAAGAGCGUGUCCUAAGAGCAGGGUGCCGGCCAGGUGAUGCUUCUGCUCGGGCCUACUUAGGACCGGAAGUGAGCGGUCGCUCUGGGAGGAUGCCGGGAAGCAGGUCCCCGGGUGGCGCGUCGCGGGGCGGGCCGCGUCCCGGAAGCUAGGUGGGAGGUAUGCACCGCGCAGUCGGGGUACCUAGAUUCCUGUCCUCAUGGUCGCGGCAGCAUUCUUCUCUGUGCCCACGCAGCGCAGGGCAGAUGGAAGCACUCCGGCCCCGAAGUUGAGAGUCCUGGCUUCUAGUCCUGCCCCUUCCUCUCACUUGGAGUUUGAUAAGGAAUCCAGCAGAUUCCAAACUCCAAGUUAGAUUAUCCGGAGGCUGGACAUUAAUCAAAUCACUACUUUCUUUGAGCCAGUUUCUUCAUCUCUAAGAUGGAUAAAAUAGUACCUGCUUCACAGGAUCGUGGUCCCUUGCAUUUCUGUAAGAAUUUCAGGAUCAUCUUGUCAGUUUCUGCAAAAAAGACUGCCAGAAUCUCCACUUAGGGCAGUGGGAAUCUUCUUUGUGGAACGCUGGGCAUGAGCUUUGUCAUUGGUUGGCCCAGAAGGAGGAGGCAGAAUGUCUGCAUUGUUACAUCACAGAGUUCAAACUUCAGAAGACCUUGAGUUAAGCAGUGUCACUUACUCUGCAGAUGAUUGUCUUCGCCUGUCCUCUGUGAUCAUCACAGACUCAUGAAACACCUUUUAGGUCUUACGAAUUCAGGUUACACUGUUUUCCAGAUGCUCUGGCAGCUGAUACAGGACCUGUGAAAAAUGGAACCAAACUCUCUCAGGACUAAAGUCCCAGCUUUCUUAUCCGAUUUGGGGAAGGCCACAUUGAGGGGAAUCCGGAAGUGUCCCCGGUGCGGCACAUACAAUGGAACCCGGGGACUGAGCUGUAAGAACAAGACCUGUGGAACCAUAUUCCGCUAUGGUGCGCGGAAGCAGCCUAGUGUGGAAGCUGUCAAAAUCAUAACAGGGUCCGAUCUGCAAGUCUACUCCGUGCGGCAAAGAGACCGGGGCCCUGAUUACCGGUGUUUUGUGGAACUAGGUGUUUCAGAGACGACAAUCCAGACGGUGGAUGGGACGAUCAUCACUCAGCUGAGCUCUGGACGGUGUUACGUCCCCUCAUGCCUGAAAGCUGCCACCCAGGGUGUUGUGGAAAACCAGUGCCAGCACAUCAAGCUGGCAGUCAACUGCCAGGCAGAGGCUACCCCUCUGACUCUAAAGAGCUCGGUCCUGAAUGCAAUGCAGGCCUCUCCAGAAACCAAGCAAACCAUCUGGCAGUUGGCCACCGAACCCACAGGUCCCCUUGUACAGAGGAUUACUAAAAACAUUUUGGUGGUGAAAUGCAAGGCAAGCCAGAAGCAUAGUCUGGGAUAUUUGCAUACAUCCUUUGUGCAGAAAAUCGGUGCCAAGAGCUUGCCCGAGCGCCGUUUCUUCUGCUCCUGCCAGACUCUGAAAUCACACAAGUCGAAUGCCUCCAAGGAUGAGGCGGUCCAGAGAUGCAUUCAUUUCUUUGCUUGCAUCUGUGCCUUUGCCAGUGACGAGACAUUGGCUCAGGAAUUCUCAGACUUCCUAAAUUUUGAUUCCAGCGGUCUUAAAGAGAUUAUUGUGCCCCAGUUAGGCUGCCAUUCAGAAUCAACAGUAUCAGCGUGUGAGUCUACUGCCUCUAAGCCAAAGAAGAGGAAAAAGGAGGAAGUACCUGGUGCACAGACCAACAGUUCGCUGUUGCCUCAAGACACAGUGAGCACUAGUCUAAGGAAAAGUGGCCUGAAAAAGCCGGUGGUUGCUUCUGCAUUAAAAAGGCAGGCCUGUGGUCAGCUGUUAGAUGAGGCACAAGUGACCUUAUCCUUCCAAGACUGGCUGGCCAGUGUCACAGAACGCAUCCAUCAAACCAUGCACUAUCAGUUUGAUGGCAAACCAGAGCCACUGGUGUUCCACAUUCCUCAGUCCUUUUUUGAUGCCCUGCAGCAGAGGAUAUCCAUAGGAAGUGCAAAAAAACGGCUCCCCAACUCCACCACAGCUUUUGUUCGCAAAGAUGCCUUGCCCCUGGGAACAUUUUCCAAGUAUACCUGGCACAUCACGAAUAUCCUGCAAGUUAAACAAAUCUUAGAUACCCCAGAGAUGCCCUUGGAAAUCACCCGGAGUUUUAUCCAGAACCGAGAUGGGACUUACGAGCUGUUUAAAUGCCCUAAAGUAGAAGUAGAGAGCAUAGCAGAAACCUACGGUCGUAUAGAAAAGCAACCAGUGCUGCGACCCUUGGAACUAAAAACUUUUCUCAAAGUUGGCAACACUUCCCCAGAUCAAAAGGAGCCAACACCUUUCAUCAUUGAGUGGAUCCCGGAUAUUCUCCCCCAGUCCAAGAUUGGCGAGCUGCGAAUCAAGUUUGAGUACGGCCACCACCGGAAUGGGCAUGUGGCGGAGUACCAAGACCAGCGGCCCCCGCUGGACCAGCCCUUGGAACUGGCCCCUCUGACCACCAUCACUUUCCCUUGAGGCAAAACAAAAGAGUCUUUUGCUGCUAAAUUUGCACAUCCCCACCCUUUGACAACUUUAAAUACUAGUUAGGCACUUAGAUGGCCUUGUUCUUAGUGAACCACUCUUAGCUAAGAUGCAGUUUCUCGGUGCAUUCAAGUGGAUUCUGUUGGGAAAAAAACUCUUCUUGUAAAUAGCCCUUUUGGUGCUGCUGUGUAGAGUCUUCAUUAUAAAUUGGGUGGUAUUUCUGGCUAGAGUUUUUAAAGGAGCAAAAAGAAAACCAGCCCACUUUCCUUCUUAAAGAACGCACCUUUAGAGUUUGUUUCAAUCUUUUUCUAAUUCUCUAAGAAGUUAGCAGCACUCUGUCUUACAUCAACAGUGUUGGAAAGUUAAUACUGCCCUGGCUAGGGUAUGCAGAAUGUUAAGGACCAUUCUGGCAGAGUUCUGGUCAUGCCCUUUUUUUGUGUUCUCAAAUAAAGCACAGUGUCACUAGCUUUUCCAAA